AAGGUUAAUUAUUUCUUUAAUUUAUAGGUUUAAUGCUCUUAAUUUCUUGGAAAAGUUUCGUGGGAAGAGCAUCAUGUUCGUGGGAGACUCUAUAAGUAAAGAUCAGUAUGAAUCCUUAAUAUGCAUUUUGCAUUCUGCGGUACCCAACACCAACUACAGCCUCAGCACAAGUGACGGAAAAAUCGAUAUAUUUGAGCUCACGGAGUACGGGAUUAAGGUGAUGCGUAAUCAAAACGUGUACCUAGUAGAUCUUGUGCAAGAAAAAGUUGGUCAUGUUUUGAGACUUGAUUCCAUUCAAGGAGGCAAGCUAUGGCUAGGGAUUGAUGUGCUCGUUUUCAACACAUUCCAUUGGUGGAAUCGAAAGACAUGGGAUUACAUCGAAUUUAGAGGUAAUUACGUAAAGGAUUUGGACCACAUUGUUGCUCUAAAUAUUGCACUCAGGACAUGGGCAGGUUGGGUCAGGGCCAACAUUAAUCCCCAAAACACAACUGUAUUUUUCCAGGGACUUUCUCCGACUCAUUACAAUGGCAGCAUGUGGAACGAGACAAAAGCAGACAGAUGUAUAGGGCAGACAGAACCGGUGCUGGGGACAAAAUAUCCUGGAGGUAUACCACCAGAAUUGGCGGUGCAAAAGGGAGCGAUAGAGUCAUUAAGCGAUGUUAUAAAAUUUUUUGAUACAACAAACCUGUCGCUGUUCCGCAAAGACGGGCACCCUUCAAAGUUUAAUCCCAAUGGAGCAACGGGUGGGGUGGAUUGCCUUCACUGGUGUCUUCCAGGAGUUCCUGAUACUUGGAAUGAAAUUCUUUACAAUCUUAUUAUUGCUUGAAUAAAUUUUUCCUCAUGUAUGGGAGGUAAACGGUUAAGGAUUGAGAAAAUCACGGUAUUUUUACUUUAGUUUUGAUGCCUUGUAGACUCACGGCGCAGGGAAAUAAAAUAGAAGGGAAGAU